UGAGAUUUGUGAUGAAAGAUUGAAAGCGCAUUUCGCUCAGGCAACGACGGGAUGAAUAGAAACUUGGGGUUUGUUUUCUCCUAUGAAUUGAAUUGAUUGCAAGCGCGAUAAAGUAAGUAAACAGCCAUAGUUAUCCCAUACUAGCGGACGCAAGAGAGAUAGAGAGGAAAAAGAGCCAGUCGGAGACAGAGCUGGCUGUAUGGCACCGGAUACGAUUUUAUUGUUUACCUGUGCUGCAGUGUUGCUCUCUCAUAGACUGACUGACUGACCGGCGGCCAUUCAUGACCGGCAUUGUGCUCGGCUUCAGGCAGCAAAUCCGUAAUGGUGUACAAAUUGUGAACCAUUCAGCGCUAUGUUCACCGCGUAUUACCAAAAUCCCAAUGCAUACUAAUCCCAAAGUAAACCUCACAUUUUGCAUCAUUAUUUGUUGGCCAAUCUUGGUACUUGAUUACAAAGCGGCUUUUCCAUUCCCGCAUGUUUUCCUUUAUACUGCACCAACGCGGUGCAUCCUUGUAAUAAACUAAUAAUGAUAAUAUAGAUAUACCUAUGAUGUAAACUUAAAUGUACUUGGUCACUUUUUAAAAAUUUUUUGAUGAUUUUUAGUAAGAACUCACAAUCAGUAAAACAAAAUUCUAGGUUUUCUGUUUUUCGGAGAAUUUUGAUUUCGUGUAAAUAUUCUUGUGACGUAUUUGUCAUGAACCUGUUGCAAUCGUUGUUUACUUUUUGACUUACGGUAUUUUUACUAGAAAACUGCGCAGUAAUUAUAGAAUGAAUAUUAGAUUUAUAAAUUGUCGCUUUGACUGCUGAUUCAAGAAGGAUGGUAAUGCCGUUUAUCGGCCUGGUCGCAUCUUUCGACACAUCCGGUUGUGUUAUGCGUCCAUGUGCCGAUGUUAUUUCGCAUGCGAAAGACCGCUUACAAUUACAGUACAGUACUUACAUUUAUUCUCGUUGAGAAUGUUCGGGCCGUCACUGUGUGCAAGUAAACAGUCAGUUCCGUUAGCCACUCAACUAUUUGGUUUCUUAUAUCGAAACGCGCAUUUUGACCUAGCAAGAAUCAAAAGCGUCGAAUUGUUCCGUAAAUACGGAAAAGCCUUCAGUUUAAACUUUCUUUGGACUACAAGACAGACCAUUAGAUUUCAUCUACAGCUUGCGCUUAGUUUUUAUGUUAAAGAGUUAAUGAAAUAAACCGUCUAAUUAUUAAUGUUCGCACGAAACCGUACAACCGGACCUGUGCUCUGAUUACUAGUGCUAAACUGUCAUUUUUCCAACCAAGCAUAUAUCUUGUUAGAUGACUGUUUUUAUGUGCCGAAACGAAACCAUUUAAUGCAUGUUACAUGAUCAUGAAAAAGGUUAGUCGAAAUGAUCACCGAGCAGCGUUUGUUCCAGUUUUCACGGCAGAGAGCUCUUUCCAGCUGCUAUUUCUGGCAUGCGCAGUAAUAAUUAAGAAAUUGCUCAGUGAUAUAAAUGGGAUGCUGCGAGAUUUUUAUGGAAUGCACAUUUGGGACGAUGCGGGAGUGGAAUAAAGCGCACAGAUUGCAAUUUGCAUUCUUGUCAUGCUCGCAUGGAUCAAAAUAUCUUUGCAUCAUAUUACAGCCUGUGGAUGCUUUUACAUGGAGGCCUAUAGAAACCGGCAUUUUUUGAAUGAUGGUCCGCCUGACGCUAUCGUCGGACCUCGUUUAUUAAGUGCUUGUAAAGUUUAACCCUAGAUGCACGAUCAAAGAAGACGGAUAAUAAAGCCGCGAAGAGAGACGAACGCAUAAAGGGAACAGGGUGUGAUAAGCAUCAUUUUGAAAGGGAUCCUUUCGGGGGCUGAAAUUUCCUUCGUGAGAGAGAGGCAAACGCGAAACGGCUGCACAAUUCUUCAGUAACAUGCAAUGGACAGCCGCAAUGGAAGUGGACAACGGGCAGCUUCCAUACCGUCUACUAUACCAAUGACGCAGCGCAGCGUAACCGGCGAUCCCCGUUUGGCUGUUCUGUCGGCGCAGUCCGGCCAUGCCGCGAUCCGCUUGGACCAGCCGCGCCCCCACAUCGACCGCUACCGUAACGAGUAUGUCGAUUCACCGGCGGCGGCGGCGGCCAAAUUGGCGGAAAAAACUCAUCCCCCGUCAUGGUACGGUGGCGACAGCGGCGCACAUGCGCUGCAUGCACCUGUCAGCUGCAAAGAAAAAGCCCAUCAUCAUACCGGCGCGAAUAAAUUACGCGAUAAGACGACCUUUGACACGGAUCACUUCCUGACCAAACAGCCGCACUCAGUGCUACUCGAGGAAGACGCGCUGCGGUUAAAACGCAAAUCCGGCUCGUGUGCCAUUCACGGACACAAGCAGCUCCUUCCCGAGCAGACGUGGAUUAGUGUCCAACCGGAUGUGCAGAAACCCGGCGGCAUCAUCUGUCCCGAAUGCGGACGGUGUCGGUGUGCGGCUUGCAUAACUCCCAAACAAUUACCCUCUUAUUGGCUGUGUAACGGCAACCUGGAGUGUUCGGCGGAGAGCGUGGUCGACCAGUUGUCUUGUAUGAGCUGCGUCAAGGGAUUUCUCUAUCACUGCACCAACUGGUCGGCGGACGAAAUGGAUAAGACCGUGGAGAAUCCCUGCGCGUGCUACGGCAAACACUGCUGCUCCCGAUGGGCCUUGCUGGGUGUGUUGUCGGUGACGUGUCUCCCGUGCCUUUUGUGUUACUGGCCGUGUCGCGGACUGACGGAACUUUGCGCACAGUGUUAUAAAAGAUACCACCAGACCGGCUGUGCCUGUAAGAUAAACGCCAGGAGUAUGGCGGAGACGAGGACAUCGAUCAGCUCGUCACCGGUGAGUACGCCCGCAAUUCCCUCGCGAACCCGCAUCCCCCUGCCCGAAACAAUAACGUCCUCCACGGAUUCAUCGCCGGUGAUCACGCCCCGCACACGGCUGGCCACACCCCCGCCGCCGCUGCCUCCCAAACCCGGAUUUCCCCGGCGGGUGGUUGGGGAUGAUGUUAAUGGGCGGGUGCACCGGUGAUUGUGUUUAGGCACAACUGGCCAGCUGAACUUGACUGUGUGUGGAGCUAUAUUUGGAUCUCAGUUGCAAAUUGACAGGCGGAUUGAUAAUUUAACCUUUUGCGGCGAUUUGUGGUAUGCAUUAAUUUCCGGCGGUCAGCGCGCCUAAAGGAGAGGAAGCUUGACCAGCGGAUGGAAUUACAUCAUGGAGUGAUUGGACUCAGUGCACUGGCCAGACCAGACCGAGCGGGCGAGAAAUCGAUCCGGUGUUUGUGUUGGGAAAUUUAUCCAUCUAUUUAACAUCUGGUGGACACAUUUUCCAUGCCCGCCGUUUGCAUGUUUGAGGACUGCACCGGAUGGUUGAAUACAGUGGAUACAGGGGAAAAACCCGAAUGGCAUCCAGCAGUAUUACCGGAAACAUUAAACGUUAAUUACCGCGAUAAGUGUCGUUCAAGUUGGUUGUUUUAAUGUCACUCGCAAGAUGUUUGACCGUUGUCUGGGACUUGUUAUGUGCGCAGUUGGGACUGGUUAGUACGAAAAUGGUUGAGACAAUCCCCUGCUGAAAUGUGAUGAGUUGUUGAUUAUUUUUAUCCAAAUUUUAAGAUUUACCUUGGGUAUGUAGUUGGGGUUUACUUUACUUUCUGUCGACAGAUUGUUGUUUCGAGUUUUAAUAUUUUUAUUGUUUAUACCAAAGAGUGUCAUUGGAAUAAAUAUUUU